AUGAGGCACCGGGCAGCAUCAUGGCCGCCAUUGCCCCCCGGCAUGGGUGGCUACUCGGCCCCAUCCACCACAUACGACGUGCCUGGAAGCAAUGAUCGAACAGUCAUGACGUAUGCUGCACCUCUGCAGAGUGCUGAGCUGACUCCGGCCAGUACUUUCGCAACAACUUUCUCCAGUACCACCAAUGAGGUUCCCUUCAUGAAAUAUGCUGCUCCAAUGGACCCGCUGCAUAGCUAUGGCUCGCCUGUCUCCAGCUUUCAGCCUCCGGCCACUCCGGAGCCCAUCUCCACUGGGGCCUUCCUGGCAACGCAUCCAGAACUGGCCACGUUGGACGGGACGGCCAGGGCGCUGUCGACGCCCGAGCCCCUGGCGGGUUAUAGCACACCACUAGCCACUACGCCGGCGCGAUGCUCGGAGACACCCACCACUUUGGUGGGGGCGACACCUCUGAUGGGCACUGCACCAGUGACACCUCGCCAAUCUCCAGCGCCGACGCCUUGGUCACCGGUGAGGUCAGUGAGGCAAGUGCCCAUGCCCAGCAAAGUGGUCAAGGAUACCAAGAACGCCAUGGCGACGCAACACCAUGCCAUGGUCAUGGCCAGCAAGGAACAGGGACAGCCCGAAUUUCUGACUUCGCGAACUCGGGAAGUGGAUGGCGCUGCACAGGAUACCCAAGAGCAUAAGCAACAGCUGGUGAACGGCGAAGUGAGCAAGUUGUGA